ACUGGUCCAUCGUGGAAAACCGUGCAGCUGAUAGUGGACAUGGGGCGCCGCAGUCGAUCAGGACUACCCGAUUUAUCCUUUGAGAAUGACCUCCUCAGAGAGCUAUUCCAUAAGCUGCCCCUCCUGGUCCGCUUUUUCUUUACUGGUGACGAUUGAUGUGGUCGCGAGUGGCGUUCGAUCAUCGACAAACCUUCUUUCACUGUCGGCUAGAUGCCAGAAAUUUCGUUCACUGGUGCCGCGCCUGCUGGGUGUACAUUAUAUUCGGAUCCAUUAGGUGUCCAGUACAUUUACACCCUACGAGAUGCCCUGACGUCGGCUCAAGUGUUCCUAGCAGCAGUGACGAGGAAAGCACCGUUAGUUGAGACUGCAGUACGCUCUGCUUCCUGCGGGGAUCGACAAUGUAUCAACGAUGGGAUCUGUCGGAGGCGCACGUGGUUUUUUGUCGGCGCAUAUCCCAAAUCGAAUACAUGUCUCACGUCUCCAAGCCGAGUUGUGUGUACAUAUUUGCCUGAGGCUUUUUGCCACCUCUGCUUAUCCUGGCUUAUCGCGAUUGCUUUUCUUCCGACCCCUCACUCUUUUUGUUUGUUCCUCCUCCUUCUCGGUAACUAGAGGCAGCGUUCCUCUGCAACGUCUCCCUGUUCAAGGAGGCGUGCCCGUGUUACCCUGAAUACACAAUUCCGUGAGCAGUCCGCCUCCCACGAUAAGAACUCGA